CCCAUCAUCAACUCUCGGUGUCAAGCUUCACGGCCAUCCGUCCUCGUGUACAUAAUCGGCCUUCUUCCAAGCCAAAAAAACGCCGCCUCUCCCGUCGGAAACAUCUCGUCGACGUUGUCGACGACAGCAAGGACACGAAAUGGUUCACAUCGCCAAAUCCUUCAUCCUGGCCGUCGGGCUUCUCAGCGGCGUCAGGACGGCACCAGUUGAGCAAGCCCGAGUGAGGGACGUCCAAGCCGCAAGAACGCCACUCCACGACGCCGUCUUGGCCGUGAACGCUGCCGUGAGCAAGGCCAGCAUCCAGGGCAGUCUCCAGGACUCAGGGGUCCUCGACGACAUCGAGCGGCUCCUCGACAUCAUCGCCAGCCACGUCGAGCGGAUUCGCGACGCAACCGGGGGCAACAACAACAACGGCACCUCCGACCACAACGCCACCGGCGCCAUCAGCCACCACGCCGAUGACACGGACCCGGAGCUCGAAGACAACAACAACAACGACAGCCCGCCGAAGAAGCACCCUCCUCUCCUGGCCGACGCGUUCGCCGGCGCCGACGACACAGGCCCCGGCCCUGAGCCGAACAUCAACAUCACCUGCAACGGCAUCACCGUCUGCAAUCCCGUCGCCAUCCUCAACGGCAAGGGCGGCCGCAAGGGCCAGUGGGGGAAGGACAUGGGCAAGAGCAUCAAGGACGCCAAGGACAGGGUCAAGAAGGGGGGCGGCAAGGACUGAGCGGCAGUUCGAGCAUCUUUUCUGUUUUUUUGGGUGUUGGUACCAGUUGGGUUGGGAAACACGUAUACAUACGUCACAUGAGCGGUAGAAAUUUUAACACAUAAUGCAUGAUCCAAAUUUCGGCGUUGCUGAAUUAUGAAAUUAUGACAUAUGUGUUGCCGUGGAGAUGAGGUUGCUUGCUGGGAGCAGUGAAGACCUCCUCAGCGUGAACAGUGUAGUGGUGCGCGUGAUGUCUUGGCCCAUACAUCGGAUUUCUUGUUGUGUAAGCACCAACUUUGUUGGUAAGUAGGGAGUGCUACCUCC